GUUGGCGUGACUACUCCGUGGCAGUAGGUGGCGGUAAUGCACUGCAUGUCAGUCAUCAUUUAAGCCUAACACCAGAAAAAGAGCUUGUUGCUAACUUUCAGACUGGAAGCUGUUUUCAGAAACAAUGGAUCAGAAAAUUCCUUAUGAUGACUACCAGCUCCCAGUGGUAUUUCUGCCUUCGUAUGAGAACCCACCAGCAUGGAUACCUCCACAGGAGCGGGUUAAUCAGCCUGACUACAACAACGAGCUCACCCAGUUCUUGCCCCGUACCAUUGUGUUGAAGAAACCUCCAGGAGCACAGCUGGGCUUCAAUAUUCGUGGGGGAAAGGCGUCACAGCUGGGAAUCUUUAUAUCCAAGGUGGUCCCAGACUCAGAUGCUCACAGAGCAGGGCUACAAGAAGGAGACCAGGUUCUUUCUGUCAAUGAGGUUGAUUUCCAAGACAUAGAGCACUCAAGAGCUGUAGAGAUUCUGAAGACUGCGCGAGAAAUACUGAUGAGGGUUCGCUUCUUUCCUUACAACUACCAAAGGCAGAAGGAGAGGACUGUACAUUAGGUGGCAGCAAAGAAUGCUAGAGGAAGAAAGGUGGACACGCUUCACUGCACGUCUUUACCCCCCUCCCACAAACUCUGGCCUCCAUUCUUUCUCAGCUUCAAGAUGACUGAUGUAUGACUAACAGACUCAUUCAGAGUCCUCCAUGUAAGGACAUCAUAUACUCGGAUUCCUCUCUCACCCAGUUAUCUGAGCAGUCCCUAAUCUACUGUGACGCAUGACGUUUACUCCAUCAGGAUGAACAUAUUCACUCGUCAAGCCUAACAUUUAUAAAUUCUGCAUUAUUUAAUUAAGCAUCGCCUUUAUUUACUUUUCCUCAAGUCCUAAUCAGAUGUUUCUACUGUAGUCUUGUAGAAUAUAUUACUAGUACUAAAGUACACUUGUGGGUACUGUACACAUUUGCCACAUAGCUUUCUAGGCGACCACUCAAAGCGCUUUUACACUACAUCUGCAUUCACCAUUCACUCACAGAGCAUAAGUGCUCAAACAGAAACUAUCAUUCAUACACUGGCAGAACACAAGGACACUUCGACAUGCAGCCUGGGGGAGCCGGGGAUUGAACCGCCGACCUUCUGAUUAACGGGCAACCUGCUCUACCUCCUGAGCCACAGCCCUCUAUCUAUCUAUUGAUCUAUCGAUCGAUAGAUAGAUAGAUAUACACAUACACUUCGCUGCUAGUUUUAGGUACGCCUAGCUAAAACUGAUGCAGUCCAAAAAAACAACAACCCUGCAAUACAACUCAAAAGAAUCACAAAAUACAGCCUCCAAAAUGACCAUAUGAUUGAAUCAACACCUCAGUUGCAACCAAACCUGAAUAUUAAAACCCUCUUAACAGUAGGAUUUAUUGCCAGGGUAGUGUAUAUUACUGCAUUAGUUCAUAAGUGAACCGAAUAAAUUGGCAACUGAGUGUAAAUACAUGUAAAGAAUGACCAUAAUGACUUAGACUUCAGUACACAUGGUACUAAACCAGCAGGGCCUUACUGUAAGCAAAUUAUAGUGCAACACUUCUAGUAGAUUUUAAAUAUCACUGUGAAUGUACCGAACAUCCAGUUUUUAAAUAAUUAACAAGCAUUUAUAAUUGUGUAGGAAAUAGUAAGUUAUGUAAUUUCUAUUGGGGACCCAGCAUUAUUUUACGUCACGUAUUCAUUUUGUUCAAAUAAGUUUUACAUACACUGCUCCUGGGCUGAAUGAUAUCGUAGUUAUUUAAUGGAUAAACUGUAUAUUUGAGAUGCCAAACUGUGAACAAGUAUAACUUCCAACAUGCGCCAACUGUGCAGGCUGUUGCAGUUUCUCCUGCUUGUCAUCUUACAACAAUUUCCCCUCGGGGAUCAAGAAAGUAUUUCUGAUUUUGAUGCUAUUAAAGUGCAUCAUAACAGCACAUUGUGUCCUGUAUCUUGAGAUGUGUAUCUUAGUAUAGUGGUAAAGCCUGUAAUGGGAUGUUCUCUAUGAUCUGGGUGUAACGGCUCUGAUGUUAGCAGGAUUGGAUUUCAUUCCAACUGAAGACUCUUAUCAGGUAUUUUCAUCAUUUUGUCGCUGUAGUUCAAGAUGUGCUGAUCAGUACAAUCAGUGGAGACAUACUUUGGCUGUAAAGCAAAUCUGCAUCCAUUCCAGAAUUUAUAGUUAACAGUUGAAUACCUCUGGAUGUCAUUGCAGUAUGCUAGUAUACAGAACGUUCAUUUAAACAUUUGUAAAUACCUGCACAGCAACACUGUCUUAUCCUUUUGUACAUUAAUUUUUCCAUAAAAGGGAAUAACUUUGUUUUCCAUAUGAUUAUUUUCAUCAGAAUUUUCCAUAAAGGAUCAUGGCAGUGACGAGGCAAAAAUAAAUAUAAGGGUUUGAACCAUA